AUGGUGCCCAUCAAUCGCCUCCGCCCACCAUGGCACUCUCGUCGUCAACGCCAGCACCACUACCAUCAGCACCACACAACCGCCUUCAAAUCAUCACCAAGACCUAGCCUCGAUAAAACCCUCCCUCCGCCACCUAACAUUGCCGCAUCCCAAUCCACCUCCCGGUCUACCUCCUCAGAACCAACCCCAAGCUCAACAACAACCGUUCUUAUCGGGGCUAAGCAGCAACCCUUCAGCGUGAACCGCCAACUCCUUUGCGAAGCAUCGCCCUUCUUCUCUGAGCGCCUCCUAGAAAACUCUCAGCCGAAAUCAAUUUGCCUCUGGCUCCCCGGUGAAUCUUCCACCAUGUUCGCCCUCUUCGUGAACUGGGUUCACGCCCCGGGCUCGUUCCGCCGGUUCCUCGAUCAUUCCAUAGCCUCAGCCCAUAACAUGAGCGAGAAGGCGGCGCAGGACAUCCACUGGGCUAUUAUCCGCUUACACCUCUUCGCCUCGCACCUGGACCUUCACAAAUUACAAGACCUAGCUAUGGACGCCAUCCAAGACAUGUACCUAAAGUACGACUGGGACGUGCCGCCAAGCCUAAUUACCUACCUCUACACGCAGUGCGAGUCCCUCCCGGCCGUCCGCGUCCGCAGAUGGGCUGUGGCUAUGGUCGCCUUCUCACAGACAGUCGGCAGCAGCAUCGCGAACUUGAAGUUCCACCCCCAGGAUUCCGCUACCUCGGACCCGGCGCGGUUCAGGGCCCUCUUCGACUCGCUGCCUGACUUCGCGAACGACUACACCACGCAUAUCCGUAAAAUGAAGGCCGCCGGGCUGGAUGUACGCUCCAAAAACCCGCAACUUCGCAUCCCGGCUAAUAAGCUACGUAAUGACGAGCGCCUAUUCGGCUUCCGCGAGUGCUCGUUCCACUCGCAUCGUGCCGCCAUCGGCGAGCGACGCUGCCCGCAUAGCCACGGGAGGAGCCGGAGUAAACACGCUGACGGGCGCUUGCGGCUAAGGGAUUCGUAUAACGGUGUUCGGGAACUUAUACCAGAGCCGCUAUUUACGAGUGGCGGGCGGGAGGAGGCGAGGUUAAGGCACGUGAGGCCCAUCUCGAGUGAGAUGAGGGAAGGAUAG